AUGUGUAGAAUACGUAAAAUGGUGAAGCAGUUCUACGAGCUGCAGGUGUACGAUGAGUUCGUGGUGCUGGGCAACACGGCGGUACUGCGCUGCCACGUGCCGUCGUUCGUGCGCGACUACGUCGCCGUCACGUCGUGGGUGCGCGGCGCCAGGGAGCGCAUCACCGCAGACGUCAGCACAGGGUACACCAUCUUCUGGAAGGGAAAGGAUGCAGGAGAACCACGCAUCCAUGGUGCAGGAUUUGCCGUAAAAAAGAAAAUAGUGAAAGAUCUUCGACUUACACCUGUCUCAAUUAAUGAAAGACUGAUGACUCUUAGAGUACCCAUUGGUUCAGACAGAUUCAUCACCUUCGUCUCUGCAUAUGCUCCUACUUUAGACAGUGAUGAAGACACAAAGAAUCAGUUCUACCACCAACUGAACAGUACUCUCUCUAAAAUACCCAUUCAAGAUAAAUUAAUUUUACCUGGUGAUUUCAAUGCCAGAGUGGGAAGGGACAACCGUUUUUGGAGAGAUGUCAUGGGUAAACAAGGGGUGGGAAACUGCAAUGCAAAUGGGUUGCUACUUCUUGGUAUAUGUGCUGAGCACGAGCUUUUCAUCUCCAAUACCCAAUUCCGUUUGCGUAACCGCUAUAAGACCACAUGGAUGCACCCACGCUCCAAACAUUGGCAUCUUAUAGACUACGUUAUUACGCGACAGCGUGACAAGAAAGACAUUCUCAUCACAAAAGCAGCACUAAACAUCGAUGAGUGCUCGACGGACCAUAGACUUUUAGUCAGCCGUUUGAGAGUACCAAAGUAUCGCAAGCUACGAUCCCACUUUUCAAACCCACCACGCAGAAAAUUCAACAUAAGCAACCUGAACAACAAAAAUGUUCGCUCACACUUCCACGACAUACUGUCCGAACAACUUAACAAAGCUCCAGCAACCACUGAUGACGUCGAACAAGAAUGGACCACAUUAAAGAACAUCAUCAAAGAAACUGCUGAGAAUGUUGUUGGUUGUAGUGCACGGAAAAGAAGUGACUGGUUUGAUGACAACCACGGAGAAAUCCAAGCCAUCAUCAAUAGAAAGCGGGAUGCUUACCUAUCCCUUGCUCAAGAUCCAUCCUGCGCAGAAAAGAAAGCACACUUUCUAGAACUCAAGCAGAAAUGUCAAAGUGAAAUACGAGUAAUCAAGAACAAAUGGUGGCAACAGAAAGCCACAGAACUCCAAAAUCUUUCUGAUGCAAGGAACCUGCGUGGCUUUUACGCUGGUAUUAAAGAGCGGUAUGGACCUAUCCGCUCAUCAUCAGGAGCACUUAAAGCUGCUGACAACUCCACCAUUCUUACUGAAAGCGGCCGGUACUCGGUGUUCGCCUCUGGGGAGCUGCACAUCCGGCACGUGACGCACGCGGACGGCGCGCUCGCCUACCGCUGCGAGGCCAGGCACAGGCUCACCGGGGAGACACGGCUCAGCACCGUCUCCGGCAGGCUGCUGGUGACGGAGCCGCAGAGCUCGGUGCCGCCCCGCAUCACGGACUCUCGCAGUCACGUGACCGUGCGCCUCCGCGAGCCGGCGGAGCUGCCCUGCGCCGCCCAGGGCUUCCCCCUGCCUACGUACACGUGA